UGAGGUUGAAGCUGCCUCCGCCAUCUUGAAGAUGGGAGACGGGCGAAAGCUGUGGUCUUUCUGCUAAAGCAAACAACACAACGGACAGAGUUGUCACCCCCACAGUGAGGUAAUCGCCACUGUGUAACUGCUGACCAAAGCCACCGAAAGCAGGUUUCCUCUGACUCGCCCCGGUCUUUGUAAACAGUGGGAGGCAGCUGUUAGAAGAAAAAACUUCAAGCCUACUAAAUACAGCAGUAUUUGUUCAGAGCACUUUACCCCAGACUGCUUUAAGAGAGAGUGCAACAACAAAUUACUGAAGGAGAAUGCUGUACCCACAAUAUUUCUUUGUAUUGAGCCACAUGACAAGAAGGAAGAUCUGGAACCCCAAGAACAGCUUCCCUCUCCUCCUUCACCCCCUACUUCCCAGGUCGAUGCUGCUAUUGGGCUGCUAAUGCCUCCCCUCCAGACCCCUGAUAACCUGUCGGUGUUCUGUGACCACAAUUACACUGUGGAGGACACAAUGCACCAAAGGAAGCGGAUUCACCAGCUGGAGCAGCAGGUCGAAAAGCUCAGGAAGAAACUCAAGACCGCCCAGCAGCGGUGCCGCAGGCAGGAGAGACAGCUGGAGAAGCUAAAGGAAGCAGUGCACUUCCAGAGAGAGAGAGAUGAUGCGUCAGAAAGGGGCUAUGUGAUUCUCCCACAUGACUGCUUUGAAAUUGUUGAAGUACCAGCCUGAGAAAAUGAGAUGUACUAGUGGGACAAGACUACAUGCUCUCUUGUAGCUGACACACAGGAUUUCAUUUGAAAAAACAGUACUUGAUUACUUGUAUAAAAAAAAAAAAAUCAGAAUAUUUUUUUAAAAUAAAUUAGUUAUAUACUGUAAAAUUGUAAUUUUUUUGUUUGUAAUUUCAGGGUUUUUACACUUUAACAAAAUAUUUUAAAAAAUCCUUAGACCGCCAAUAUAAUGUUGUAUAUUGGUUUCAAGAUGGUGGAUUGUUUUUCAUUUGAGUAUUUAUAGAAAUAAUGUAAAAAUGAAAAGUAGAGAGGAUAAUGGUGCAGUAAAGAUGAUUUAAGUUUAAAAGUUAAAAUUAAUGCCCUUUAUUGAGAGAACUUAUAAUUUAAAUCAGAAGUAUAAAUGAGAUCAUAGGACAGCCUCUCAGAAUAUAGAGAUGUACAUACACAUUUGUAUUUAUAGUCAGAGCUUCAUUUAUUUUUCUCAAUCACUUGUCAAAAUAAACUGUCAAGUCAAUAUUUGAGGAAAAUAAUAUUUUGCUGUCUUCAGAAGAGAAAAGUCAUUCCAUAUUUAAUCAAUAACUUCAUAAAGUAGAUUUUUAGAAGUGGGUCCUUCUUGUCCAUAGCUUUGUAAAAUUGGAAGUGUAUCUUGGGGAAUGAAGGCCUCAAAGUGAAGGAUUGUUACCAGUGUAGUGAAAAUUGGGCUGGGGAGGCGGUUCCCUGGGUGAAGGUGCUUGUCGUGCAAGCCUGGUCCCCUGACAACCUGAGUUUAACACCUGGGAUCCACAUAAGGGUGGAAAGAGAGAGCCAACUCCACAGAGCUGUCUUCAGACCUCCAUAUAUGCUGUGGCAUAUCUGCACACUCAUAAACAAAAUUGGGAUCUGGUUCCUGAUACGCUCUCAUCAUCCCCUAGCUUAAGGCAUCUAAUUCUACAGCCGUAGUUUAUCUGCAUUCAGAUCUCUAAUAUGAUUUUAGUAGAGUUUGGUUUGCAUCAGAAUAUGGUAGUUUUCCCCUUAACUGUUUGAUUUUGGUCAAGACACUGCAUAAAAAAUAUUUUUUCACCUAAGUUAGAAAUUACAUCUAAUUUACUUUAAGUGACUUAUGUUUGAAAAUAAUGUGCUGUGUUUAUGUCCUUAAAUGUUGAGAUUUAAAUAUUGUAGUUUCUGUUCACAAUGUGAAUUGUGUUCUGACUUUGUGAGAAAGCUUACAUUCUUUUGAAAUGAAAAUAUGUUCUAAGUAGACAAAUACUGAUAAAAGAAUUCUCUAUUUAGGUUUAGGAGAACCAUAUUUUACAUUUCAGAGUACACUCUCUGUAGUUGAGUAGCAGACCUUUUAAGACAGUAUUAAAGACAUGCUAUUCAAGCAUC